AUGAGCAUACCAGUUGCGACCGACGAUAUUGAUAUGGAUGACUUGCAACCUUGCGAGCGUCUCCACAAGGAGCGCAUUAUCAAGAAGACGCCCACGAACAAAGCGCACAUCACUCGCCGACUAUUCUGUGAUGGCCACGAGCCACACCAAGCAGUACGAACGAGCAAGAAGCGUGGCAGAUCAACUCACCGUGUAGAUAUCGCUCCUGUUCCUCGCUCGAGCUUGGUGCGAAAAUCACUCGACAUACGCUUCAUAAAGCAGAAGUCGACCGCGCACUCGCUAGCUCAUGGAUUUUUUGACCAAGACGAAGAAGAUGAGCGGUUUGCCCGUUGGCUAGAAAAGUUCAAGCUGAAGGAUGUGGAAAUGGGGGGUACACUCAAUUUUCUACCAUUCGCACAGUACGAGAAGGACAUGGAGUGUGGAUACGACACGAUGGAUCCGCGCACUGCCUUCGAGAUGAGCGGGGGCAUCUUUGGCUAUACUCCCACCGUCCCUACCACGUCAACUUCCAGCACCAACACCUUCGCUAGCUCGACUGUGUCCAGAGUUACUGCGUCGACCUUCAGUAUCAGUACUGGCACUAGUCCCGUGGCCUCUCAGUCUGGCGCGGCGGUUGUCAGCGGAUCUUCGGGCGGCGUGACUGUCGUCAGUAGCAAGCCGUCGUCUUCAGAUAUAACGAUGGAUAAUGCACCAGACGCGUCUACAGAUCACGUCGUCGCCCCGUCCAGCAGUGCUACCGCCGCUGUCCCAGCACCACCACCGUCGCAGCUAUCUGAGCCUACGAACACUGUCGUGGUUGACUCGCCCGCAUUCAAAAGCCUAGGAUUCCUACCGUCAGGGCGUUUGACAUCCGAGACGGUUCCUUCACCACAGUCAGUAGCAGUGGCGCAGGCUUCAGCCACUAGAGAGUCGCCAUAUGCGCCUCAGAUUUCUGUACCAGCUGUAGCACCGCCACCAGCUCCUCUCUCACAGCACGAGGAAGCUGUGACUGCACCUCUGAAUUCGCAGCCUUCAGCAGUAGCGGAAGACGCUAAAUCGGUUGUAUCGUCACCCCAAGUGAGGAUCACCAGGGACACUGAUUUUUCCCUUCUGGUGGAAUGCACCGAAAUUGCAGUAUCUCCACCUCCAGUGAACAGUACCCAGCCGGCUGUAUCUUCACCUCCGGCGGAUAACACCAAGCCGAUAGCAACACCACCUCCAGUAGAGGGCGCUGGAUCAGCUGUAUUCUCUUCUCCAGUGGCUAACGCCACUGCGCCCACGGAGUCAUCAAGGGCCAAAAUAAGACCUAAAAGCCGACCCAUUGUUCCUCUGGUAGAGCCCAAAGAGGCGCCUAAGGCACAAGUUGAGUUGGGAAUGGGUGCCUUUGGCUCGUCAAACAUCCGGAGUCCAAAAGACCAGAUUUCGGCCUUCUCUAACCCCUACUUCAAGGAACUCUUCGGUGACGAGAUGGAGAUCUUGAAGAAGCUUCUCCGAGCUAAGGAAGACAUUGAGGGGACUCAUGUCGUCUUCCUCUGGCGCUCCUUGAAGUGGAUCACGGACAGCCACGAAGCCAAAUGGUUCGAUGACGAGAUUGAAUUGGAAGACGAUGUCGCAUGGUGGCGCGGCAAGCUCAACAUCUUGAGGGCGGAGUUGGAGGGGGAUGUGGGUCAAGAUGCAACUGGGAUAGCUGCGGAUACGAAAGCAAAGCUUGAGAAGGUAUUCGUUAUUCUCGGUGGUGCGGAGGACCUCAACCAGGAGAUUGCUUAA